UUAAGACGUUACAAGAAAAAAAUCUUGUGAGCUACUUCAAAUAACUCAGGUUUUGUUUCUUCUGCUCUCCAGCCAUUGCAUAGAUUUGUUUCAGUUCCAUCAACAUUACUUGCAUUAAUUUAAUGGAUUCUAUCGUGUCUCUAUCCUAUUUAUCAGUUGUUUUGCAAUUCUCUAUUGUUCUGCAAUUCUUUGUCCUAUCUAUUGUUCCGCAGUUGUGUACAUAUCUAUCUCUAUCUAUCUGUUGUUCUGCCGUUCUCUAUCUAUCUGUUUGUAGCAAGGCAUGUGUUACCCCAGGCUCAAGGAGGACGCUGGAGGCAGGAUUCCUGGCAAGCUAACAGUAGGACCUUUCUCCUUUGUCCUAUGUGCAAGAAGACUAAUUGGAGCAUUCCAGUUCCUCUCAGGUGAUCAUGCAUGAAGAAUUCCUCAGAAGCUGACAUUCUGGCUGUGGUGGAAUCUGCCAAGAGAGCUGCCAGCAAUUUGAUGCGUACUGGCCGUGUCUGGGAAUACUCUCUCCUCAGCAGGAUCAUGAAGAGCCCUGACCCUAUUGGCAGGAUGAUCGAGGAGCUGCAGAGCAGAGGAAAUGCUGUGGUUGGCAUCCCAACUAAAGAACCAGCUCCUGCUGUUCCAGCUGUUCCAGAUACUAAAUAUGUGCAUAUAUCUGGGGGUUACACAUUGAGAAACUGGGUACUUCAACCAUGGGGUCGCUCCUCCCGGAUUCUCAAUCCAACUUGACAUUUUGACCUAAAAUCUAUCAGCAUGUGAGUAUGGUACAGGAUUCAUAAAGAUUUAACAGGGGUUGCCAUUCUAACCAAUUUAGGCUGAACAAAUUCUGAACCUGGCAAAGACUGGCUAAUUUGACCUAAAAUCUCUCAGCCUGUGAGUAUUCUUACAUAUUUGGAAAAUAUUCAUCACAAGCUUUCCAAAGUUACUAAAUAUGUGUAUAUAUCUGGGUGUUACACAUUGAGAAGCUGGGAACACCCAUCCUGGGGUUGCUCCUCCCUCUUGUCACCUCAUUGGCCCCACUGGACCACAGCCAUCAUCCAACCAGGUGAUAGCCCAGUCAAGUGGGGGGCGUGUACUUUUUGUUUACAGUAGCAUAUAAGCAGCUGGUUUGAGCUUCCCAAACCACCUCUGAUCCUUGUCUUGCCAAGAUCAGCGACCUACUUGACCUUCUUGACCUUCUCUGCUCCAGUGACCAGCAAUCUUCUCGACUGAGAUGGCUUCUUCUGCUGCUUCUUCUUCUGCUGCUGCUUCUGCUGAGCAACCUCGCAGUAGGAACUUUCUCCUGUGUCCUAUUUGCAAGAAGACUCAUUGGAGCCUUCCAGUUCACCUCAGACGAUCCUGCAUGAGGACCUCGUCAGAAGCUGACAUUCUGGCUGUGGUGGAAUCUGCCAAGAGAGCUGUCAGCAAUCUGUUGCGCACUGGUCGUGUCUGGGAGUACUCUCUCCUCAGCAGGAUCAUGCAGAGCCCUGAUACUAUUGGCAGGAUGAUCGAGGAGCUGGAGAGCAGAGGAAACGCUGUGGUUGGCAUCCCAACUGAAGCCCCGACUGCUGCUGUUCCAGCUGUUCCUGAUGUUCCUGUCGAGGCUCCGGCUGAGUCCAGCUCAGAAAGCUCUGGGGAACUCUAUCAGUGCCCUGAUACAACCAAGCAGGGAACUUCCCUUAGGGAGAGGAUGGCAAGUUUGGGCUACUACAAGAAGCACUCGCUAGACCAUGAUCUCCUUGUCAGCUUCGCAAAGUUUCUACAGUUUGACAUGUCGAACGAAAACUUCAAACAGGAGGUGGAGAAUGUUGCAAGGUUCCUGUACUUCAUGGACCCUCAGCAGGCCAGUCUCCUGUUUGUGCGACAGCAUGAGAAGUCCCGAGAGUAUUUCCUCAAGCUCUCAGAGGCCGGACUCAGCAAGCAGACGGUACAGAAUUACAUCAAGAGUGUUAAAAGGUUCUUGAAGUUCCACACGGGCAGCACUGACCUGUGCUUCACGGACAGAGUUCUGCACGAGGACUGCAAGAACUACAUCUCAUUCCUGGACAACAUCCAGAUGGCAACUUCAAAACAAGUCAGCAAGGAGACGACCAGGAAGAGAUUCGACACCUUCCAGGAGGGUGUUCUCUCUUCAACGCAGGUCACUGCCGUGCUGGCCGCUGCCAAGAAAGACUUCCUGGCUGUCAUUGGGAAGCUGCAUGCGGGAGAGUGCUCUCCAGGCCAUCAGCUGACCCUGACAGAGUUGCAGCUGGUCCUCUAUUACCUAGAGGCCAUUGUGAUUCUGGACCAUGCCCAGCGGCCUGGAGUUGUUGAGCACAUGACUGUCACGGAAUGGAUCAGCCGAAGGAGAGAUGACACUCGUCCUGGUUUCGUUGUGGUUUCCACUCAGGUGGCCACCUUUGUUCUUACCCAGGAGCAGGAGAUGUGGUUCGAUCUCUACUUCUCGGAGGUGCGCCCAGUCAUGCUGGGAAAAAAGAGGAAGCGCGUUGAGGAUGACGAUGAGACUGAUGAGAGGUUCUUCAUUUCCUCCACUGGCAAAGCCAUCUACAACGCCUCCAAUGACCUGGAGCGGCUGCACAAGAAAUAUCAGGUGCCGAAGGUGACCAGCCAGAUGGCCAGACGGGCAUAUGAGACAGCAACGAAGGAGCUGUCCGAUGUCCAAAAGACGAAGGUGGCCGGCUACCUCACCCACUCUACGGCCACAGCAGAGAAGCACUACCGGAUGAAGGAGAUAGGCUCAGCGGUAGAUGCUUUCCUGAUCCUGAGGAAUCUCCGGGGUGAUUCAGAUAGUGACCAGAGCGACACACCCAGGGGUUCCUCGGCAUACCUGACCGACCAAGCUGCUUAUGACAAGUUGCUCCGGUCAUAUCCAGUGACGUUGGACGGGGUGCCACCCAACCGCUCUCAGCGAAAAUCCCUGGCAGGGGAGUAUGAACGCUACUGCUAUGACCGCUGGCGUAGCGAACAGCUCGAGCGUCGGGUGCAGCAUGUUCUUGAGCACUUUGCCCGUAGACUGCCCUCUGAGUCCAGAGUCAAGGCCUGGAUUGAGAAGCAAGGGUGGUCUGCAAACCUUCCAGAUGCUGCAUCCAUCGUUCAGCAGUGGAAGCCAUCUGGGGGCAUCGAUGUUGCAAUGGACAGUGUUGUGCUGCAGAAGUUUACAAAAUGUAAAAUAGCUGUAAAAUGACUGUAUUUGCAUUGUACUCAUCCCAACUUCUGGUUCCUGUCACCACCACUGUGUCUGGGGGCUAAGGACACACUAACAUGGUGAUGUGACAGACAUAUAUCUUGGGCUGGUUUAAGCUUCUGAAGGGCGGGUUUUAGACUGACUUUGGGCUGGAUAUUUUUCUAGGACCUGGCAACCCUGCUGAGCGGAGCUGCGUUGUUCAGAGGCUUCACGAAGCUGGGAACGUUGUCGAAUUCAUACCACCUAUAAAAUCUACUGCAGCUGGAGGUUCGGGCUUCCCUGUGUUGAAGCGCUACUACUGGGCUGCUGAUGCUAGAAUUCUUACCUGCUGGCAGAGUUUGCUGAAUGCAUCCUGAGAGAUGAGGCUGUUUCCUUUAUCUCAAGUGUGUGGAGGACAUAAGAAGGGAAAUAGCCGCUUUGCCCCUUCAGAUAACUGGAAACCGGAGAACCCGGAGGAAACCCACGCAGACACGGGGAGAACAUGCAAACUCCACAC